AUGGACAACAAUGAUCUAUGCGAAAAAGCGGAUUCACAAAUGACACAGCAAGCUCAGAUUAUUCACUUAUUUGGCGGUUUGACACAAAACCUUCAAACAUUAUUGAGCACUCAAAAUAUUCAGACAACCGCUCAUUUUAUGGCACAGAUUAUAAAUCUGGAAACAGCUGAAAAGAAGAUUUUGGAGCAAACUUAUGUUGUUCCACAGUAUCCAUCACCAGAGUAUACGUAUGAAAAUCAGUUUAUAACAGCAUCAAUUUCUAAUCAACCAUCUCGAUUAGUUCAAAGACAGGUUUCGAAUGUUACACACCAACCUGUUCAGCAACUGAGACCUAGAGAUGUUGAACGGUCAAAUCAGCAGUUUGUUCUACCGAACAACCCUUCUUUUUAUCGAUCUCCAACGCUUGUCAAUUCCAAUGCACACUAUACCGGUCGACCACAAUCACAGAUAUGCUAUCGCUGUGGACAACAUGGCCAUUUUCGACGUGAAUGUCCAACUCAACCUCGUUUAAAAGGCAGAAAGGGACAGUGGUAG